GGCGGGGCUGGCCAGUUUCUGGCGUGCGCGGCUUCUCAGUAGUUGAAUUGACUGCCCCAGUGAUGCAAGGUACCACUUCGUGUACGGCUGUUGAAACCGAUGAAGGAGGUACGUGUGUCUUGUAGCCUGAAGCACCAGUCUAUCAGUACUGGUCCAAUUUAUUAUAUGUCUGGGAACGAUGGCGGCGGAAUGCAGCCAGGAGGCUGUUUUGGAGUUUUUGAUAGAAAGAGGUGGGCGAGUGAAAAACGUGGAUCUAAUAGAGAGAUUCAAACCCUUCUUGGCUGGCGAUCCUGCGCGGCGAGCGGAGGCUAGAGAGCGGUUCAAGGAUCUCGUGGACGAAGUGGGUUUCGUGAAGAUGGACAAUGAGGUUCGUUACGUUUGCCUCAAGAAAAAAUACAUGGCUACUCUCCUUGCCCGCUCCAAGUCUUGUUUAGCUAACGGUACACUAGAAGAAGAAAAAACAGACAUUCAGGCAGCAGUUACGACCGGAGAGGCGGCUAAGGGGCCGCGAUCAAGAACUGCAAGUCCGGCCGGAGAGAACAACUGCGGUGAAACCACUUCGGCUGCUUCAAGGCGAUUUAAAAAUGCCGCAAUUGGUGAUGCAAAACCAGAGGCUGUGUUACCUGUGUCAGAUUACGGAACUAUGAGAAAGGAAGUUUUGACAACACUACGUACACCUCUGGAAUUGCGAGAAUCCUUACUUUCUGAGGUGCGAGCAGAAGGGAGCGAAGAAAGUGUGUUGGACAAGAGGACGGCGAUCCAAAUGGGCAAUACUUCUCCAGCUGGAUCAGGGGGCACAACUAAGGCAGAAUUCCAACCACUGGAGAAGUCAGGAGAAAAAGAACCGAUUAGCAGCGGCCUGGACAGGGAUACAUGCACACGCUCGGGGAACAGUACCCGACGCACACUCUCUGUUGAGCCUGAAGAGAACACGCAGCAGACUGUGUCCACCGAUCUCUACGAAAUGAGACCUACUUCGACCAAUUUGACUACAGAGAUCUCUAAGUUGGAAUCGCCUGUUCCCGAAACAUGGAGUACCUCUAGUCCGUUGACUGAAGAGCUCACUGAAUUUCACAGCCCUCCCCUGGAUAACACAGCUGUGACAGAUGACACUGGCACCUGCAAGGAGGGCGGACAGGGCGACAACACUCAAAGCCAGGACUGUUCUGUAAGGAGAUCUGUUAUUCCCAAAAGGAGACAGCCCUCGAGGAAAAGUGUCAAACGCGAACAGUUGCCUGAUGGAGAGUCGCGGGACAUAAUAGUAGGCGAGACAUCCCCAGAUGCAAUGAGCAUCACCCCAAAGCACAACCGGAAAAGUCUGAAAAUGAUUUCCAACUCCCCACAGCUGAUGAACAGACGCAGCAUCCAGCAUUCUGGAAGAUACAAAGACUCUGGGAAAAACGAAAGUGACUCGGCGUCAUUGCUGUCAUCCACGGACGAAGAGAGCGGCUUUGUGUCCCUUGACCCUUUGGAGCACGAGUGGAUGAUGUGCGCCUCAAACGGACAGUGGGAGGACCUCAAUCGGCUGCUCUGCUGCGAGCCCACCUUAGUUCUUAAACGAGAUUUUGUGACCGGUUUUACUUGCUUACACUGGGCAGCCAAGCAAGGUAAGCAAGAGCUAAUCGCCCUGUUGGUGAACUUCGCCAAGCAGCACGAUGUACUAUUAAACAUUAAUGCCCGCUCCAGCGCUGGAUACACGCCUUUGCAUCUGGCUGUCAUGCAUAAUCACACGGAGGUGAUCAAACUGCUGGUGGGUGCCUACGACGCCGACGUGGACAUCCGGGACUACAGUGGCAAGAAAGCCUGGCAGUAUCUAAGAGAUAACGUGCCCGAAGAUAUCCGCGAUAUAGCCGGUGCCGCCCGCAACGCAGAUCCUCAUGCUCCCGGCAACGGGGCGGGCCGCUGGAGGUUCUCCAGAGUCCUUUCGUCCAACUUAAUGCCUUACAAGCUAAUGCACGUCCCCGAAGAGGACACGUAUGACGGCGAAAUGUCGGUCAAAUCCAGGAUGAGCUAUCGUAAAUCGACGUCAGUGGGCAGCACCAGGAUCAGACCCCGACUGAACAGAAUCCGAUUCAAGACGCAAAUCGUUCAUAGCAUUUCAUUUCGAGAGUCGGAGGAUGAGGACAGGUCUGUGCGGAGCCCCACGAAAUCCAGACCAAAGUCUACCCUUUUUGGCUGAAAACCGGUAGUUACCGAAGUUAUUUUUUUACUAAAGCAGCAGCUAAAUUUCACAAAUGGGUAAGGUGAGCUUAUAGCACGAUGCUCCAAGUGGCCAGUGGAGGACGCUUCGCUUUAGAAAGGUAUCUUAUCCAAUGAUGAAACCUUCAAUUUAGCACUAGACAACAGAGGGAGUCUCACGCCGUUGUCAUCUUAACAUGUUUACAAGUAAGGCUUGGAAACAGGAGUACGUCAUUGUAUUUCCGUGCCAAUGGGUGUCAGGAAUGUAAAGUGGAAGCGAAUAAUACCACUUACUCGCAUCCAGAAAACGCCCUUCAUAAAAUUGAAAUGUGUGAACACAAUGUACUUUUAUUUUUCCCUUUUCUUAAAGAUAUUUAUUUUUGAUCAGAUUGUUAUCAAAGAAAAACGGAGCAAUCUGAUAUAGAAUCGGGGGUGAUGCUGGAAUACUGAUUAUGUGAAUGGAGAGUACAAAAUGGUUUACCUUUGUCAGUAAAUAACAGUACCAUGUUAAUAACUUGCUAUGUAAAAUAAUAGCUAGUAUGCAAACACCAUUCAGGUGUGUGUAUAUGGGGUAUGUGGGUGUGUGCAUAUGUAUGUAUAUCUAUUUAGAUAUAGAUGGAUAUAGAUAUAUAGGUAUAGAUGGAUAGACAGUGUAUCUAUCUAUUUAUCUAUCAUCUUUUGUGUGGGUGUGUGUGUGUUUAGCAAGGUGACACAGAAAUUAUUUGUUACUGCUUCCCAAUUCCAAGGACCCGAGAUCAAUUCCCAGCCGGGCACAUGUCAGUCUGCAGUUUAUAACUGCUCUUAAUGUCUGUGUCAACUUCGGUUAGAUUGUCCCAAUAUGAGUGUGAGUUUGGAUCAUGUGAUAGGCUGGCACCCCAUCCAGGGUUUGUUCUUGCCUUGUAUCUGAUAAUUCCUGAAACCACACAAACACUUGACAGAAAAGGAUGGUUCAGAAGUUAUGAGGAUUUUGUUAUUUUUAUCAUGUUGAUGAGGCUGGAUGUUCUUAAAAGGGAUGCAUCAUACACAGAAUAGUAAUGCAUAGUUAGUAAAUAACUUGUGAUCGGUACUAAACUCAAAAAAUGGAUGUAUUGUGUGUAUUUUUGAUUUUUUUUAUUCCAUUUUUGUUGUUGCUUUAUAUAUACAGUAUAUCCAUCCAUUCUUCCAUUCAUCUGUUCCUAAUCCAAUUUAGACUCAAUUGAAUGCAGUGCCAGUCCCAACAGCAUUUGGCACAGAGUGGGAACAAAUAUUGAACAGGAUGCCCAUUUUUCACACACAAAUAUAUAUAUAUAUAAUACAUAGUUUAGAAUUACCUGUAGUGGUUAUUAUGAAGACAAUAAGGCAAAAGAGACAAUUUUGGAAUUGUCAUAGUAAUUGCUAGUAAAGUUUAAUUCCAUAUACAGUAUAUAUAUGUGUGUGUAUGUGAGUAAAUCUUUUUUUGGGAAUUCUGUUGAUAAUAACUAGUAAAUUUAAUUCAAUAUAUAUGUGUGUGUGUGGCCUCACGUACCUAUCCACAUGUGGACUCUGCCAUGGUUACACAUUCACCAAGUGUGGACCUUAUUGCAAGACAAAUUCUUGUUCCCCCAAC